CUCCAGCAUCGAAGAUAUCCCUUAUCCAGAAAGUGAAGUACUGGUACAAGUUUAUUAAGGCAACAGCAACGCCCCCAAUCGGCCGGUAUUUCUCGAAUUACAAUCAUGGAAAGUACAUGUACAUGUACUAUGGACGCGCACGCUAGGCCUACAUGCGAGAGAGAGAGACGUGGCCGUUUCCCAUUCAUCGGAGUUAAUAACUGUGAAUGGAUGAAUUGAUUGACGCAUAAAAAUACUCUUUGACGUGGGCUUAUCCUUGUCCCAUGUGUGGAUGUGGGACGGCUUCGAUCUGUCGCUAUGCUGGCAGAUGUUCCGUCACCCCACUCCGACGAGGGACUGUCAUCAUCUACUGCGACCGGCGGUACAGAUCUUGGCAGCGCCAGUAGCGCCAUCGGCGCGCCCACCUUUUCUUGGCCUCAUCCUUCCCUGCAACACGUGAAUGUCGCCGCCGUGUUGCUCAAAGCGAUGGCCAGAUCUGUCCGGAAAAAUCCCGAAGUUUUCAGUUUACUAUUUGUGGCAUUCCUGUGUCUUGUGGUCGCGAAGUAUACUCAGAACAGUGGAGCUUCUCAGUCACCGGCUGCCCCUCCGCCAAUCUUCCCCAAGGACUCUCCUGUCUUUGAAUUCAGCAAUGGGGACAUGCAGAGCGCCUUGUCCCGAAUCCAGAGGGAAGAAAACGAGUUUUCGUUUGUGAUGUAUUAUGCCCACUGGGAUGGGAACUCUCGAGAUAUUGCUGUUGAAUUUGACAGGGCAGCCAGGCAGCUGUCGCAUCGGGUCACUUUCGUCGCUGUCAACUGUUGGUGGUUGCAUGGGUCAUGUAGGAGCCGAGUCAAGACCACCAUGUACCCAGCCCUGCUGGCCACAGCCCCAACCAUCCGCAAUGGUCUCCAGUAUACUGGUAUCCUGCAGGCUGAAGAGAUGGUGUCUUUCCUAUAUCGACUCUGCAGGCCUUUCACCUAUGUUCCUGAUAUUGAGUCAGUGUACUCGCUUCAUGCACAUCAUGGGACUGUGGUUGUGGGUUACUUUGACUGGACUACUUUUCCCAUUCUGCCGGGCCUAGUCUCCUUCCAGAAGGCUGCGUGGCUGGCACUGGAGAAAGAUUCCAUUGAGCCCAUUGCAUUUGCAGUUGUAACAAACAUCAGGCUAGCGCAGAGACUAGGAUUGCAGCAGUCUAAAAGCAUAGCCAUGAUAAGGACACUGAAUUCAACCUUGUUGUACCCAAGAGAUGCCAAAUUCCAAGCUAAGCUGAUCAUGGAAUGGGCUUACAAGCAUCAGGAAUCUGUGGUGCAGUGGCUAGCCCCUGCAGGUGUGAAGAGCACCAUCAUGGCUACCCAGUUGGACAGUUCUCCUGUUGUGGUUCUGUUCACCCGUCAUCAUCGACGGCAAGGUCUGCUGAAUGAUUUUUAUAUGUUUAAAAAAGUUGCUUUGGACUACUACAAUUGCAACAACUCCAGGCUGAUCCAGAGGCUAAUCAGUGCAAUCAACAGUGCUAGAAAACCAACUCCUGACAAUUGCAAUGAAGCAGAUGAUCGUAGUGAUAGUGCGCCUUCUGUGUGCGAGUGUUGCCAGACGCUAGCCGAUCCGCCAUUAACCACGACCAUGUCCCACGGACGCAACGUCUGUCAGGUCUGCGAGCACUCGACCACGCUCCACCCGAGCCCUUGCAGCCCAGCCCUGCCGCACAGCCAAGCGACGUGGACGAAGCUGAUCGUCCAUGGAAAGUCGUCACUGGCCCCAAACAGCUGCCUCCAUUUGAAUUACUAUUAUAGUCCUUACAGCCAGUACCAGCUAUGCUGUAAACAGUGCGACAUUGCACCCGGUCAUUUGUACAGCCAAAGUGAACGUUGUGCCGUCCCCGAUUCUAACUCUGGAAGGUCGGCGAUCAAUUCAGUCUGUCAAGGAGUUUUAAGCAGAACUGACUGCAACAGCAAGUGCCAGGAAUCCUCCCGGGGAACCAAAACUUCCAACGCAAAUUCAAACCAAAAUUCUCAUUGCAGGAGGACGUUGGAAUCAAAAGAGAAUGUCUUUCACCCAUACUUGGGCCCUUUCACGGGGCUGGGAUGUAGGACCAACAGAACGGUGAAUUUCUUUGCCAUGAGGUCUGAAUACUUUUGGCAGUUUGCAGAGCAAUUAGGGGCAUCUGCUAGAAGUGGCUUCCAGGCACCCGGAAAAAGGACAGCCAUAGUCUUGCUGGAUAUUGAGGCAGAACAGCAGCACCUCCUGGCUGGGGAAAUCACGGCUUCUGCAAUUAAAAAUUUUAUAUUCAAUUAUACAACCUCAAAUCUUACGCGGCACCUCCGCUCUGCCAAUGCACCUUCUGCCUGCAGCCAGAUGACCGGAGUCUGUGUACAGGAAGUGGUGUCGUCCACGUUUGAAGAGCUGGUCUUAGACAGCACCAAAGAUGUAUUGCUACUGUACUAUGCGCCAUGGUGUGGCUUCUGUAGCAGGACGCACCAUCUGUACCUCAUGUUGGCAAAAGUCUUCCAGCAUUCCACCAAUCUACUGAUUUCUAGGAUUGACGGAGAUGCCAACGACCUUCCCUGGCAGUUCACCCCAUCCUCCUACCCCACCCUCCUCCUCUUCCCAGCAGGUCAGAAGGACCAGAGCCUGCAAUUCCCCCAGUCCACCGUGCUAAACCUACCAAAUAUGAUCAAGUUUGUGCUUCAGCAUGCGACGCUUCUAUGAUAAGAGCUAUUCACUUCCAGAUGCAGUAAACAAUGCAUUAUUCUGUCUUCAAAAUGCCUGUAAAAAGUGACUUCUUCGUAAAUAAAAAAAUCAGAUUAUUUAGUAUGAUAACUUCAAGUGCAACUUUAUUGUGGUACACGUAUGAAAUCGUGGAUGAAAAGGGACAGAAAUUCUUUCUGAUCGUGUUGAUAAAAAGAGCAGGCAAUUUUCUGCUAAUGAAAUAUUGCUCCUUUCUGCACAUUCAUCAGUGAGCACAGUCUAGGCCACUCUGAUUUGUGAACACAAUUCAUGGAAGCCACAGUCUCCCAACUGGAUUGGUUACACUGAUAAGUUAGCCCUUUGCCUGACAAUUUGUUUUCUGUCACAAGGUUAUGGAAGUGCCACAUCCCAUCUUUUGUAAGCAUGAGUCAUCUUUUUUUAAGCAUGAACUAUGCAGCCUUGGUACUGGCUCGCAUGUACAAAUGCUGCAUUGGGAGUGGUGUCCCGGUUUUUUCAACCGAAUUCCCCGUAAGACUUCAGUGGAUGCAGAGCAUUUCAUCAGACAACAGAAUAGUCUGCCCGUUCUGUAGGGAAAGGACAGUUCACAUUGGACGAAGCAUAAAGAUCUGUGAGUUGCAGGAUUAAACUUUAUUGUAAUGAAUCAUUUGAACUCUUAUUCACACCAGCAAAUAUCUUGCGCAUGUAGCUAGAUAGAUAUGUAGAAACUGGCAGCAUUGUGGUCAAUUCAAUCAACAGUCCCUUCACAAGUCAAGUCACAAGGCCUUUCACAAGACCAGUUGUAAGUAACAGAUUGAACAGUGACAAGAAAAUGUUUUUAUCACAGUUCAUUUGAAUAGCUUAUGACUUGGCUUAUGACCGCAUGACGUGAUGAAGUUGUGAUGGACUUACAGGGACUUGUGAUUGGCUCAGCUGCAACAACCUUAAUUGCCAUAUGUAUUAAUGCCAUAUGCGUAACCAAACUGAUUGUGAUAACAACAGUUACCAUUUGAAUCAAGGGUUGUCAGUUGCUGCAAAGUCAAUUUUCAUGUACAGUUAGGAACGUGCAAGUGAAAAUUUAGUCACCAUCCAACAUUUAAUGCAGUGUCUUUUAUGAGUAACUUCCUGUUUUGGUCAAAAGUUAUUCAUUACAAGGUGCUGAUCAGCAACUUGUCAAAUCUAAAUCCAAAUUAUACUGUCCAGAGGGAGUUUCCUGGCAAAUUUGUGCAAAUUGCAAGAACUGCAAGAUGUGUGCUGAAGUUUCUAAGUGCCUUCCAUUGAAAUUAGUCCAGCAGUUUAUAAGCUGUCAGUGAGAUUGUGUAAUGCUCACGCCCAGGUCUCACAGAGGUAUGUCUUACAUUUGUCCUUGAUGUUCUUUGAUUGACUAGGUAGGUUGGAACUUGCCGGCAUUCACAUGUACCUCAAAUUUUAGAAACUGUGCGAUGUGCAUAUGAGCACAAUGCUACCUCCGCUGAGGCUUUCGUCAAUUGGAAUAAUCAUGGUUUUUUGUCCAAUUCGGAAUUUAGAAGGUUAAGAAAGACAGGAAGUCGUAAACUUCUUCAAUAUACCCAAAUCCAGCAACUUGUUUUGAUUAAUUUGAUGGAUUGAUGAAUUGAAGACUUUGAGCCCAGCAACCAUUGCUCUGCUUGUGGCUUGAUUGUGUUGCACUUAAUUCAUUCCUAACCUUCUCAAUCCAUCUGAAGGUUUUCGAGGACUUCACAGGGUUGAAGAAGGUAGAGCCAAAACCACUUAUACUGUAUUUACACUGCGGACCCCAUGCCAAAAUUUGUCAGCGCAGAAUUUGCCGGUGAACUAUGGCACAGGAUUGUUUUUUUUUUUAAUAGUUACUGAUGGUUCCUUGCGUAUUAAGGCAACAGGUAUAGAAUUAUCCAAGACAUUCGUUUCCUCUGUGCAAUGAGGUUAUUGCAGGUUUAAAAGUAUGACCUAGAGAACAAGUUACUUCUUGGUACUGGUUAGUACCGGCACUGAGCCGGGACCCCACAAGGAUUUCACAAAAUAGAUGUUUCAAAUUUACUCAAAAGGGAGGAAUUUUCAAGUGCCAUUAAUCUGUUGCAAAAUGAAGUAUUUUAAAUAAGGGACGUUCAGUCGAAUUUCCAAAAUAGGAAAGUGAAUCUGGUUCAGAUGGGAGUGAUUUGAAAAUUUUUGGGUGUUGUGUGGGAGUUUUGUACGCGAGAACAAAGGGAAUACCCCACAAGUACAGCUGUGUAAGGUUGACUGUACACCAAUUUAGAUGAACAAAAUCACAGUUAAAACCAGUACAGACGUAGUUGUCAUGAUCUAUAAAUAGUAACAGUUCUCAAUAUCCUUUAUCUGUUGGAUGAUUGAGGACUGUUAGGGUUGAAACUGUUUUCACAUGUACACAAUACAAAAGCCUGUUAAUGCCAGUUAGAAGUACACAUAGAUGUCUUGUGAGCCAGCAGUGUUAUUUUCUAUCAAGCACUCUUAUUUUCUAUCAAAUUCUGCUGUUUAUUCUAUGAUUUUGUUUGGAUGGCGAAAAAAUGUGUGCGUAUGUUUAUGCAGUUUUCAUGCCAUUGAAAUUGCUUUUGAUUCACAAGGGAGUGAUGCAGGAACUCUCCUCACUGGAAAUGGAACAUAAUUGUUCCACAGUUUUCUUUUCCAAUUUACCAUGAGUUGCAAGUUCUCUCUUUUUUUUCUUUUCUUGUUGGUUGAGAUCUUUCCCCUAAGUUUGGAAGCACCGGCUCCAGUGUCAUUUCCCUUUAAUGCAUGCAUUUUAGUCUUCGUCAGUAUAAUGGGCUAGUAGUGGAGCUCAUCAUGCACUCGGAGGGUUCAUCAGCACAUUAUAUGUCGAUGUUUGUGUCAAGCCAAAAGCGGUCAACCACCCCCCCGAAUGCACAGGUUGUUUCGUUCCACCAAUUCUUUGCCAUGUUCAUUAGCCGUUGCAAAUGCAGUUCACCUUGCACUGAAAAGGGUGAAUGGAUGAUUUUUCUUCUUUUUUUGUGUUUAAAUUCCAGUAUUAAAGCAUUGCCAGUCUAAUUGUGUGAGCAUUUGUACAGCAUACUUACUGUGCAUGCAUGGAUACUUUUGAUAGCAUACGUACAUGUACACCAAGGUGCUUGGAAAAAAGAUAACCAAUUUCCUCAUACAUGUAAUUACAAUUGUUCGCCAACUGAAGGGACCACCAUCUUGUAUUCAACAGUCUGACUUGUCCACUGUUUUCUUCCCUCUAGAGGAAAUACAAUGUAGAUCACAUCCUUUUCACAGCUUCCAACUACUGGGCUGUGACGUUUUCUGUAUUGAGAUACAAACAGCCUCCUUACAAAGCAUGUACUCUGACUCUAAUGGCCUCCUGUGACAGAACUCUUAAAUGUAUUGGAUCUCUGGUCCAUAGUACAUGCAUGAGAAAACUACGUACUUUACAGUACAUGUGCUUCCCAUCCAGUACUUAACAUUUACUUUCAGCUUUUUGGGGGGGUCGAAUAAAUGGCGUAAUGAUGUUUUUUAACUGGAAAUGAUUGGUUGUACAUGUAAUUAACCAACUGGAAAAGAUAUGGUGUAUGCAUGUAUUGUUAUUUGAAUUCUUAAAAUCUUAAUAUUUAAACCUUUAACUGCUGGUGUGCAGCAUGCCACUUCUCUUGAAUUUCAUUGUCUUUUCAUAUUCUGGUGCUUAAGAUAAGUUAAAGGGAUCAUGUAUCAUUUCCCCCCUUCAAAUGCACUGAUUGGACUGUCAUAAAGGCAUACAUGACAUAAUCUCCCGUAAAGAUUGUGUAGUAGCAGACACCACGUAAUCUGUUUUAUAUUGCUCAGUGCUAAACUGACAAAACUCUGAUUUGGUGAUGGAAGUACAUGAUUCAGAAAGACUAUUAACACAUUGGCAUUGUGGUUGUUCACACGUGCACCUUGGCAGUGGAUUGGAUGCGAUCCAUGGAGCCCCAUAAGAAAAAGUAUAUAUUUAUAAUAUAUAAGUAUAUUAUAUAGUAUAUAUUAUAUUAUAUAGUAUACAUAUAUAUUAUAAUAGUAUAUAAGUAAAACAAGGCAUUAUUGUGUUUAUAUCUAAUGCUAUAUAACCUGAUGUAGUCUGCACUGCUACUCUUCAGACUUUGCAUGGUGACAUCACUUUUUAAAAGCCAUUGUGUGUGCCCUUCAGCGUUGCUAUUUUUAAUCAAUUUUUACAGUGAAAAUUAUAAGGGAAUGAGAUGCAAAUGGCAACCGGUAAUUUCAACACAAGGCUGAGAUAUUGCCAAGUUUUAAUAUGGAAAAUGAAUGAUACUAAAGUACGUUUGAAUAGUGGAAGACUGGUUCCACAACAUCUGUUACCCUUACCUACCAAAACUUUCUGCAGACAAAUUUUCACUUCACAUUACUUGGCAGUAAGAAAAUUGAAGUGAAUUUGAAGAGAGAAAUCGUGUAAUCAAACUUGGUCUACAUCAAUUUGGUUUGGGAACGGGGGUUCACAAUCAGUCUGGAAAACUUUGAAAUGUUAUCUUAGCACUUGCGCUUUUGAUUAUGGUUUGAAUGGAGUAUUUGGACAAAAAGUGUCCUGAGAAUGUGCAAGGAAAUGUAACACCCCAUUGCAAAUACUUGCACAUGUUUAUAAGCCGGCGUCAGCUGUGUCUUCACUUGAAUGUCUAUUGAUUCAGAAUAGCCAGUCAACGCAGCUUUGGUGUUUGUAAGCUUAGUUCAUCCAACAGUUUCUGCAACUUCAGUGAAUUGAGGGACUUGGUGAAAAAGACAUGACAAGCCUAGCUGGUCUGUUCAACUUCCACUCGCUUGACAAAUAAAUCCUCUGUCCAUGGAUGAGUAUUAAUGUAGUGUUAGUGUCAGGUUGGAAACUGCCGUCUCCAGGCCUUUCUUGUAUCGUCAGAACUCUUUUAAACUAUAGUGUAAUUCGACAACUAGAAUUAGAAACCAUUACUGGAGUGGCACAACGCUUGUGGACGGGUGUUAUACGCACGUUACAUACCUCUUUGACCAAUAGGGCGUCUCGAUUUGCCAAUGCAUGGGCAGGUCAAGCUGAAGAAUGUGCGCAAGUGCAGCACCAUCGCUGUUAUGACAUCUAAUCGGAUUAGUCUGUAAUUUUAUAUUUUUAUGAACAGAUUUGUGCUCUGGGGCGGAUAUUAUUUUUACAAAGAAUUGCAGAUUUUUUUAAUCAAUUUGUUUGAAAUUUACAUAUGCAGAAACCAAACAUGAAUGCGCGCAUGCAACUUUUCCUCGCAUCAUCUAUCUGGAUUUCCACAUUUUUUACAUCUCGUGUAUGCCAUUAAGGAUUGAAAAAACUGUACAAAACCUUGUGCAGUUGGUAAAUUCCUCUUUUUGUGAAUUCCCAGUUGCAUGCCCGUAAAUAAAACGAAUCAAAACUUUUAUAUUGCUUGAAAAGAUUGAAAACGUUUAUCAAAUAGGCUGCCAUAUCCUACAUGUGUACCAUCACUACAAGUUCUCAUGCAUAAUUUAUUCAAGCUAUAAAAUAUGAAAUAAUGGAAAUUUUGAAGAGGUUCUCUACGUUUAAUAAUAAUAAUAAAUUGUAUCACACUA